AUGCAUUGGAAGUGGGGGCCAUCAUGGCAGAGAUGUGCCCAGGAAGCUCCCAGGGUGGCUCUUGGGAGUACUCGACCCUGGCCAGCCCUCCGCUCCCUCCUCCACAGGAACCUGGUUCUCAGGACACACCAGCCAGCCAGGUACUCGCUGACUCCGGAGGGUCUGGAGCUGGCCCAGAAGCUGGCUGAGUCAGAGGGCCUGAGCUCACUGGAUGUGGGCUUCAGGCCAGAGGAGCCCCCUGGGAAAGAGCCAGAAGUGCCAGGAGUGGCCUCUGCUGAUCUUGGUGCUAGUGAAGGGAGUGUCCAGCAGCUGCCACUGGAGCUUGGGCCUGGAGAGUACAGGGUGCUGUUGUGUGUGGACGUUGGCAAAGCCAAGGGGGCAGGGCACAGGCCAGAAUUGCUCCUGGAGCUACAGCGGCUGCAUGUGACCCACGUAGUGCGCAAGUUGCAUGUCGGGGACUUUGUGUGGGUGGCUCAGGAGACCAGGCCCAGAGACCCAGCAAGACCUGGGGAGCUCGUCCCGGACCACAUCGUGGCCAAGCGGCUAGAUGAUCUGGAUCUGUGCAGCAGCAUCACAGAUGGCCGCUUCCGAGAGCAGAAGUUCCGGCUGAAGCGCUGUGGUCUGGGGCACAGAGUACACCUGGUGGAGGAGCAUGGCUCUGCAAACCACCUUAGCCUUCCUGAGGGCACGCUGCUGCAGGCUGUCACCAACACUCAGGUCGUCGAUGGCUUCUUUGCGAAGCGCACAGCAGACAUCAAGGAGUCAGCUGCCUACCUGGCCCUCUAGACGCGGGGCUUGCAGAGGCUCUACCAGGGCCAUACCCUACGCAGUCGCCCCUGGGGAACCUCAGGGGAUCCUGAAUCAAGGCCUGGGCCCUCCCCACAGCCUCUCUGCUCACUCCUCACCUUCAGUGACUUCAGCUCGGGAGCCACGAAGAACAAGGCCCAGUGUGUGCACGAGGUGUUCGCCAGGCAGCUGACGCAGGUGCGGGGAGUGAGUGGGGAGAAGGCAGCAGCCAUAGUGGGCCAGUACAGCACCCCUGCCAGCCUCCUGGCAGCCUGUGACGCCUGUGUCACCCCCAAGGAACAGGAGAUGCUGCUGAGCACCAUCAAGUGUGGUCGACUGCAGAGGAAUCUGGGGCCUGCUCUGAGCAGAAUCUUUUCCCAGCUCUACUGCUGCUACAGCCCUCUGACCUGAGCCAUCC